AUGUCGGAUCCAGCUACAACGAUCACGGCACCACCGCCAUACAUUACUAGCAGCCAGCAAUGUACACUGGAGAUAUGUCCUCUUUCGUAUGCUCACACAACUUAUCUCCCGAAUCUGGGAGGAAAUGCUUUCUUUGUCGCCGUAUUCGCUCUUUUCAUCCCAAUACAGAUAUAUCUUGGCGUCCGAACUCGAACCUGGGGAUACAUGGUCGGCAUGGUCUGCGGUCUGAUCCUCGAGGUGUUGGGGUAUAUAGGGCGGAUAAAGAUGCGAGACAAUCCAUUUAUUGAUAGAUGGUUUGAAAUGUAUAUCAUUAGUCUCACCAUCGCACCGGCAUUCCUCAGCGCAGCCAUCUACCUCAGUCUUGCUCGUAUAGUAUCAGUCUAUUCGAUAGAGCUCACCAGGAUUAAGCAACGAGGCUACACUCUCAUCUUUGUUACCUGCGAUAUCUUCUCUUUACUCCUACAGGCUGCAGGCGGGGCAAUCACGACGUCCAACGACAAUUCGACCGUGCAGGCUGGUAUCAACAUCAUGAUAGCGGGUUUAUCCACCCAAGUCGCAUCACUGACGCUCUACCUCGGCAUUUGUCUUGACUUUGCAUUUCGAGUAUACAGACUGAAUUCGCAGAAACAAUCUGGGCAUAUGUUUCGACUGGUCGGGAAGCGCCAUUCAUCUGCUUUGUCCAAUGAUGAGGAACAUGAAGACGAUCAUGGCCAUGCAGCAACUGGACUGAAUCCUGAUUUUGCAUCUCUCCGUACAUCAAGGAAAUGGCAUAUAUUUCUGGUCUGCCAAGGUUUAGCAACAAUCUGCAUCUACAUUCGUUGCAUAUUUCGCGUCGCAGAACUCAGUGGAGGUUUUAAUGGCCAUCUAGCAAACGAUGAGGUCACCUUUAUGGUCUUGGAAGGCGCCAUGAUCACUAUCGCGACGGCUGCGUUGAGCUUCUGGGGUCAUCCCGGCAUUGGUUUUGCCGGACGGUGGGAUGAACUCAAUUACCCUUUGUUCUCAAAAAAGAAGCGCGCGAAUAGUGCAUAG